UGAUUAUUAUUUUUGGAGUGGUCAUUUCCAGUAUAUGUCAGCAUUUCUGUAAGGUGGUUACCGUGCAGUGAGUUCACACCAAUGGAGUGCAGUGAGCUGGGACACUGUGAGAUCUCAGCAAGCUAUUAAAGAACAUUGUGUGCACCCUACGCCGUCUUGCCACAUCUUUGAUCCUUGUGCUCAGGAUGCCUACCUGCAACUCUUUCUCUGGCCUUCGUUGGCUCCUGCUUUUUGCUCUAACAGAUGUACAAUCUGAGGACAGCUGGUUAGAAAAGCCCACUUUUCGUCCAGUGUUCACACAACGCCCAUUUAUGGUGGCAUGGAAUGCACCAACGCAGGACUGUCCCCCACGCUUCAAGGUCCGUCUGAACUUAGGGCUUUUUGAUCUUCAUGCCUCACCAAAUGAGGGUUUUGUAGACCAAAAUCUUACAAUCUUCUACCAUGAACGUCUUGGAUUAUACCCUUAUUUUGAUUCAAAUGGGGUAGCCAUCAAUGGAGGAGUUCCACAGAAUGCUAGUUUAAGGAACCACCUGGAUCGGUUGCAAGAUGGCAUCCAGAAGUACCUCCGUUCACCGGACAAGGAUGGGCUAGCAGUAAUUGAUUGGGAGGAGUGGCGCCCAAUUUGGGUACGGAACUGGAAUAACAAAGACAUCUAUAGGACUAAUUCACGACAACUUGUGGCUUUAAAGCACCCAACCUGGACCCCAGAACAGGUGAAUAAGCAAGCGCAGUAUGACUUUGAGAAUGAGGCUCGCUUCUUUAUGACUGACACUCUCCGGCAUGCUAAAAACUACAGACCUCGCCAGCUAUGGGGUUUCUACCUCUUCCCAGACUGCUACAACCAUGACUAUAUUAAAAAUAAUGACAGCUACACUGGCCGAUGCCCAGAUGUGGAGAAAUCACGCAAUGAUCAGCUGUCUUGGAUGUGGGAAGAAAGCACAGCCCUUUACCCAUCUAUCUAUAUGGACCAAAUGCUGGAGUCUUCUGAGAACGGGCGGAAAUUUGUACGGUCUCGGGUGAGAGAAGCAAUGAGGAUCUCACAAAAGCACCACAAGGGAUACUCCCUGCCUGUAUUUGUCUAUACUCGCCCUACCUACAUGCGCAAACUGGAUCUGCUUUCUCAGACAGAUCUCAUCUCCACUAUUGGGGAGAGUGCAGCCCAAGGGGCGGCUGGGGCUAUCUUCUGGGGCGAUGCAGAGUACACCAAAAGCAAGGAGUCCUGCCAGAAUAUAAAGACGUACAUAGAGGGGGAUUUGGGCCGAUACAUUGUGAAUGUAACCACUGCUGCGGAACUCUGCAGCCAUACGCUCUGUAAUGGGAAUGGUCGCUGCUUGCGCCGAGACAAUCAGACCAAUGCCUUUCUCCAUCUUAACCCUGCCAGUUUCCGUAUCGUCAGUAAUCCAGUUGGAGACAUUUCCCAAGAACCUCUGCUUCACGCUGAAGGCCAGCUGUCCGCUGAUGACAUUCGAUCUCUGCGUGAGCAGUUCCGAUGCCAAUGCUAUGUGGAGUGGUAUGGCGGCAGUUGUGGCACACAAAGGAGUACUCAGCGCAACACAGGGGCUUCUUGGCACUCUUGCGGGCACGUGUUGCUGAUGUCGCUAGUGGCACUUUUUCUAGCACUGCUGUAAAGAUGGGUAACGGCGGAUUUUAGGAUUGAACAGUAUUUAACACUACGGUGGAUUCAAGGUUUUGUGGCCGUAAUGAUGGGAGAGCCAGCUGAUUUUAUUAUCAAGUAGCUGCUGCACUAUUCUGGGCCAUUUUGGGUCACUUGACCUUUAUUUAUAUGUACUGUCCUCUAUUCCUGUCCACUGACUGAAUGUUCCUACCUCUAGGACUGUAUAUUAACUACCCAGCACCUCUAGUUGUCAGAGGAUGGGUGGAUAUAAGGGCUAUUGUCUCUGACAACCUCUGCAAGAGGGGUUUAUACAGAGCCCUGUAUUUUCUAGGACUGUGCAAUAUAUUUUUCUCUUCCUCCAGUAAAGGAGGAAGCUGCUUUUUAUAUCCAGUUACCUGCCAUAGAAGCUGCCAUUGAGUCUUUAAAAGUGCUGCAAACCCCAUACCUCUGUUUCUGGCAAACAAGUUGUUAAAGGCAAUAUAAGGCACUCAGGGAUCAGAAAUAAAAGCUGCCAUUCACCAACUGUGCCUUGACCAGAUGAGAACAGUGAAAGGGUUAGUCUGCCAUGGUAAUGCUAAGGGACCCAAGUGGUUGUCCUUUGCUGGGGAACCUAUGUCAACGGCAGCAAGGCAUGCUGGGAAAAGCUGCACCACAAAUCUGGAGCGGGUUAUCCAGACUAAAGAGAUUACCUUCUCCCCUCUCUCUCUCUCUCUCUCUACCUUUUCCUCCUGUGCAAACCAGACAGACGACACUAACUCGCAGGGGAACAAUAAAGUGUUGGAAAGAUCAA